AUGACUUAUCAAGUAAUCAAUUAUAUCCUUUGGUGCUUUGUUUUAGCUGUUGUGAGUGUCACCAUGUUCAAUCCAAAAGUUAGUUCUGCCAGCAAACAAUCCAAGUUAGAAGGCUUGGAAAUGAAUGAGAUCGAUCAAUGUUGGAGAUUGAAUCCAGAAUGGAGGAAACACCGUUCACAACUUGCCAAAUGUUCAGUGGGCUAUGUAGGGAAGAUGACAAAUAAUAUUGGUAAUGACCUCAUUCAUUACAAAGUUAUUGAUCCUAGUGACGACCCAAUAAACCCUAAAAAUGGCACCUUGAGAUAUGGAGCUUCUAGGAUUCAAGGCAAAGUUUGGAUCACAUUCCAAAGAGACAUGCACAUCAGGCUCGAGAAACCCCUUCUCAUUAGUAGCUUCACUACUAUUGAUGGUCGAGGUGUUAAUGUUCACAUUGUUGAUAAUGCAUGUUUGAUGAUCUUUAAGGCAACCAACAUAAUCAUCCAUGGCCUUAGAAUUCAUCACUGUCGACCUCAAGCUCCUGGAAUGGUAAUGGGACCUAAUGGAGAAGUGAUACCUUUAGGUCAAGUUGAUGGAGAUGCAAUAAGAUUGGUUACAGCUUCAAAGAUUUGGAUUGAUCACAACACACUUUACGAUUGUCAAGAUGGUCUCCUUGAUGUCACACGUGGUUCCACUAAUGUGACUAUCUCAAACAAUUGGUUUAGAGAGCAAAAUAAGGUUAUGCUUCUCGGACAUGAUGAUGGGUAUAUGAGAGACAAGGAUAUGAUGGUCACUGUCGUAUAUAACUAUUUUGGACCUAAUUGCCACCAACGCAUGCCAAGAAUUCGCCAUGGGUAUGCACAUGUUGCAAACAAUCUUUAUAUGGGAUGGGUACAAUAUGCCAUAGGUGGUAGCAUGGAACCUAGCCUCAAAAGCGAAUCAAACCUCUUUAUAGCACCAACGUCAGGGCGUAAAGAGGUAACAUGGAGAAAAAGUAAUGGUAUUGGAGACUCGUGGGAAUUCCAUUCGGUGGGGGAUGUUUUUGAAAAUGGUGCAUCUUUCAUGGAAACACAAGGUGGACAAGUACCAAAGCCAAAUUAUAAUCCUGAGCAAAGUUUUAAAGUUGUUGAUGCCAAAUGUGUGAGAUCAUUGACUAUCUCAUCUGGAGUGUUACGAUGCAGUAAAACCUCUAUUUGUUAA